CCAUCGCGGCCUUGGGGCCGGCUGAGGCUGCGCUGGGUCUGGGCGCCAUGUCGGCCUCCCGCUGCAACCGGAUCCUGACAAAGCCAGAGACUAUGGACCAGAAGAGUGCGGGAACGGCUGACGAGGCCGGGCAUCCACCGGAGAUGGCUGUGUGCAAGCCCGAGGGCCGCGGCGCGGUGAGGGCGGUAAUGAGUCAUGGGCAGUUUGACUCUCAGAGAUGGUCAGUGAUUGGCAGGUUUCUGUAGUCUAUGAAGGCAAGUUUUGGGAAUUGCUGGGGUCGAUGAUGGAGAGUCUUUUCGGAGGCAUCGGUAACACUCAAAGAUGUGACUAUGGCCUUUACUCAGGAGGAAUGGGAGAAACUGGGUCCUGCUCAAAAGGACCUGUACAAGGAUGUAAUGCUGGAGAACUACAGCAACCUAGCCUCAAUAGGUUAUCAAGCUCCCAAACCAGACAUCUGCAAGUUGGAAAAAGAAGAAGGGGCAUGGUCAGGGAAGGGGAAAAGAUCCAGUCAAAAUCAUCUCAGUAAACUAACAAGACCCAAGCAAACAGGAGCCAGUGGAAAUGUUCAGCAAGAUGAUGACCAGUUAGAGAAUAACCAGAAAUCUCAAGAUAAACUCAUUAAGGAAACUAUAUUCAAGAAAACUUCAACUAAGAAGAAAAGCGGUGAGUGUACUUCAUUGGAGAAAAAAAAUAAUGUGAGUACAAAACAUAGUCCUUCAAAGAAAAAGUUUAAAUUUAAUUCACAUCGAAAGAAUUUGAAACAGAAUAUAGACUCACCUGGUCAUAUAAAAUACUCUGCAAAAAAGAAAUCUGAUGUUUCUAAAGAACAGAGGAAAUCAUUAAAGCAUAGCUUAUCUGAUAUAAAGAAAGACAAAAAUCAAGUUGGAAAGAAACAUGAUAAAUUAUCCAACCAUACUUCUUUUGAUAAAUAUGACAAAACUCAAACUGUCAAGAAACAAGAAAAAUUAUAUGAUCAUUGUUCAUCCUGUACUAAGAAAGACAAACUCCAAAUGGGAGAGAAACAUGAGAAGUCAUCUACUAAAACUGAUAAAACUCAAGCUUGUGUGAAACCCUAUGAAUGUAAUCAAUGUGGGAAAGUUCUCAGCCAUAAACAAGGACUAAUUGACCACCACAGAACUCAUACAGGGGAGAAACCAUAUGAAUGUAAUGAAUGUGGAAUUGCCUUUAGCCAGAAAUCUCACCUUGUUGUACAUCAGAGAACUCACACUGGAGAAAAGCCAUAUGAAUGUGUUCAGUGUGGCAAAGCCCAUGGUCAUAAACAUGCCCUUACUGACCACCUAAGAAUUCAUACUGGGGAAAAGCCCUACAAAUGUAGUGAAUGUGGAAAAUCCUUUAGACACAGCUCAAACCUUAUUCAACAUGCGAGAUCUCAUACAGGUGAAAAGCCUUAUGAAUGUAAGGAAUGUGGAAAAUCUUUUAGGUAUAACUCAUCUCUUACUGAACAUGUGAGAACUCAUACAGGCGAAAUAGCAUAUGAGUGUAAUGAAUGUGGCAAAGGUUUUAAGUAUAGCUCAUCCCUGACAAAACAUAUGCGGAUUCAUACAGGUGAGAAACCCUUUGAAUGUAAUGAAUGUGGGAAAACAUUCAGCAAAAAGUCACACCUCAUUAUACAUCAAAGAACUCAUACAAAAGAGAAACCAUAUAAAUGUGAUGAAUGUGGAAAAGCCUUUGGACAUAGCUCAUCUCUUACUUACCAUAUGAGAACUCAUACAGGUGAAAAUCCUUUUGAAUGUAAUCAAUGUGGGAAAGCCUUUAAACAAAUCGAAGGACUUACUCAACAUCAGAGAGUUCAUACUGGGGAGAAACCAUAUGAAUGUAAUGAAUGUGGGAAAGCCUUUAGCCAAAAGUCACAUCUCAUUGUACAUGAAAGAACUCACACAGGUGAGAAACCAUAUGAAUGUAAUGAAUGUGGAAAAGCUUUCAAUGCAAAGUCACAACUUGUUAUACAUCAGAGAUCCCACACAGGAGAGAAACCCUAUAAAUGUAAUGAAUGUGGGAAAGCCUUCAAACAAAAUAUAUCACUUACCAAGCAUAUGAAAACUCAUUUAGAGGAGAAAGCUCAUGAAUGAAAUCAGUUGUGGAAAUCUGAUAACUGGACUAAAGAUUAUGUAUUCUGAAUUUAAAGAAUAUUAGAAAACCUCUAGUAAGACGCCACACCUUGUUAGACAUAAGAGAAUUGAGGGUGGAUCAUCACAUAAAAGCAAUGGAUAAGAGUUUUAAUGUGGUACCAAAUACUUCACAGAAAAUAUUCUUUUUUGUUUUGUUUUUGUUUUUUGAGACAGGGUCUUGCUAUAUAGUUCAAGCUGGACUUAAACUCAUUAUGUAGCCCAGACUGGCCUUGAACUCACAGUGAUCCUCCUGCCUCAGCCUCCUGAGUUCUGGAACUACAGGUGUGCCCUACCACACCCAGUGAAAAUAUUGUUUUAAAAAAUUAGAAGUGAUCUACAUAUUUAGAUUGAAAUAUAAAGUUUCAAACAUUGAAUAAUCAAAGCAGUGAUGAAGCAAGUUGCAUAUGCUAACAAUUUGAGUUGUUUAGAUCUUGUGUAAUUAAGCACCACGUAUUAGAAUUGAAUUUGCCUAUCUGUAUAUUGCUUUAUAUGAAUUUGGCCAUUUGUGCAGGCCUUUUUUAUAUUCUAUCCAGGUUUUUUAUUGUCUAUAUAGGCUUCUGCAUCAGCAGAAACAUUUAUAAAAUGGUUUUUAUUAAUUUAAAAAUUAACAGAAAAUUAAGAAAAAGUGAAAAAAUGCAGCUAAGGCUACAAAUGUGCUGAUAAUGAAUGUAAAAAGUAGAUAACUAAACCAUAUAUAUAUAUGUAUAUUAUGUUCCUAUUUUUGUACAAAAAGACAUGUGUUUACCUGUCUAUGUGUGUGUGUGUGUAUAUAUAUAUAUGUAUAUAUUCAUAUAUUUGUAUAUGAAUAGAUUUUGUUUAAAAAGUCCAGAAGAAAUAAUAGUGGUUGCCAUUUGGCACAGGAGUAUUUGGAGUACUGUCUGGGUUGGGAAUGAGGCCUCUUUUUUAGUGUACUAUUUAAAUAUUUAUCAUGUAUGUGUAUUUAUUUUCACAAUUAAAAUACUUUUAAUACACAUAAAUCAACACUUUAAGAAUAUUGCUGACCCGAGUUGCGCGGAACACACGCCAAAUCAGCCCGCUGCAGACAGGCAGGUCUGUGCACGCCCUACCGAGGUCCUGAGUC